AUGGCGACGUCUGUCCUGACUCCGGCGCAGCGGGCGCUGUACGGCCAGGACCGCCGGCACCAGCUCUUCGUCACGCUCGUCUCCCUCUUCACCGUCAACAACCUCGUGGUAGGCGGUCGCCUGUGGGCGAACUGGAAAGCCCACUACCGACAUCACCGGAGCCCGAGGCGGGUCUUUGCCGAGGACUACUUCAUUUUCCUCAGCGCCUUGUGCAUCAACGCUGUGAUUGGGAACUUGAUAGCCGCGACUUACUACGGCCUUGGUCUUCACUCGUGGCGCAUCAACGCUGAAGAUGCCGAUUUCCCAUCCAACCUCUCCCACACGUUCAAACACGUCUGGAUAACCAUGCUGUUGACCGGCCCGACCUUCACCCUCAUCAAGCUGACGCUGCUGUUCUUCUACCGCCGUCUCUUCCUCGUCAACCACGGCUGGCUCUGGAUCGCCUGGUGGGCGAACCUGGUGUACGUGCUGCUGUGGCUGGUCGGCGCCACGGGCUUCUAUCUCUUCCAGUGCUGGCCUCCGCAGUGGUACUUUCUGCAGUACUACCAGCGGUAUAAUCGCCCGCCGCCGUAUCCCCUCGCCGGACAGUGCAACGCCACGACGGUGAGAAACGUCUCGAUUCCCCUCAUCUUCGGGCUCUUGUCCGACGUCAUGAUUCUAGUUCUGCCCGUCGCCACGAUAUGCAGGUUGAACAUGACGACAAGGCACAAGCUGGGCCUGUCGCUCGUUUUUUCCGUGGGACUGGUCGCUUGUGCGCUGGACCUCGUCCGGAUCGUCGAGCUGAACAUUGACACGGAUGACAAGGUCGACCCUAGCUAUGGAGUCGUUAUAUUUCUCAUCCUGUCCGCGGCGACCGAGGUGGCCGCCGUCGUCUGCGCGUGCAUGCCCGUCAUCGGCCCCCAAGCCUGGAAGUACUACAAGCGGAAUCGCGCCUCGUACGGCGGAUUCGGCAGGAAGAGGUUCUCGCGUGGCGGCGGCCCCGGCGGCCCGGCGGCAAGAUUCAAGCAGCCGAGCGGGAGCGCGGAGGAUGAGACGAGGGAGGCAACCAUCGGCUUGUCCCGCAUACAGGUCCAAGCAAGCGGGACGGCGGAAGCGCAGCCGGCGCUGGUUGACGACGGCGCUAUAUGGGUGCACAACGAGUUCAAGAUUACUGUUGACGAGAGCGACGCGGCCACGGCCGUAGCUGCGGAAUGA